AGUGAAUGUACAAGUUGUCACUACCACUACCUUAGUCCGAAACGUUGAAAUAAAAAAUAUCAAAUUAGUCAAGGGGAAUUUCUGUUGUCAAGGGAAUAAUUAGAUGCAUAUUCAUUUUGGUCGAAAUUAAAUUAGUCAUUAAAAGGAUGGAUUCAGAAGAAAUUCGAUCUGCCAAGGCUUCCUUGGAAAAAGCCAUUCAAUCCAGGAAUACAGAGACAAUGCUCGACAUCAUGAACCGUUUACGAACAGGCGUUGUUGCAACAGAGGAAUUAUUAAAGGAAACCAGGCUUGGUUUGGUAAUAGGAAAACUUAGGUCUUAUCCCAAUGAGAAAGUUAACGAAUGCGCUCGUGAAAUCGUAAAAAAGUGGAAAACCGAUGUGAGCAGGGGCAGACCAUUGAAAGCUGCUGCCACCGGUGGUGCCAAUGCAGCUUCUCCAGCUCCUAAGGGUGCAGGCGUUGGAACCCCAGUUCAAAAACAAUCACAAAAUCAAUCCGUCGGCGGACAGCGUACUUUCAAAACUGAUAAAGUCGAUGUGAAUGUAACAGACGAUAAAAUUCGCAAUAAUUGCGUCGGCCUAAUAUACAAUGCUUUGGCAUUAGACACGGAUGCUGAUUCUUCUUUGAUCUUAAAACGUUCUAUUGAAAUUGAUGCACAGGUUCUGGCUCGUGCUUCUGGAAAUACAGGGUCCGAGUAUCGUAAUCGGAUGCGAUCACUUUACAUGAAUCUUAAAGAUAAAAGUAAUCCAAAACUUCGUGCUUCAGUUUUAUCUGAAGAUAUAAGUGCUCAGCGCUUAAGUAAUAUGAACUCUGCAGAACUCGCUUCUGAAGAUCGUCGUAAAGAAGAUGCCAAACUUGAACAGGAAAAUUUGUUUCAUGCUCAAGGUGCCAAACCUCAAAAGGCAAUUACGGACUUGUUUACAUGUGGAAAAUGCAAACAAAAGAAGGUAUCCUACUAUCAAAUGCAAACUAGAUCUGCAGAUGAACCUAUGACAACAUUUUGUGAAUGUGUGGUUUGCGGAAACAGAUGGAAAUUCUCAUAGCUUUCUUGGUAUAAUAAAUAAACUGUUAAGGAAAAGUCAAAGCUUUGUCAAGACAUAACGUAACAUACUAUAGCUAAAUGUGUUUCAAGCGAGUGUUCUUGAUAUAAAUCUAAAUCUGUAGCUGUCCCCUCAAACGUCUCUAUCAAAGUUAUCUUUGCAUAAGUAUGCUUUUCUCCAAGGAAGCCGUGAGUACUAGUACUUGGUUUUUUUACUGCUAGGUAAAUUUGAAAAUUAUUGCGUUCAGUGAAUGUCCUUGAAUUUUCCAUCCCUUUACUAAAUAAGGAUUUAUGUCUGUUGAACAUUUCUUAGAAAGAAUCGUGAAAUACAAACAAAUUUAAGAAGAAAGGCGUCACUCCAAUGUUGGUCUUUGCGAAGCAUAAACUUACAUUUAGUUAGUGGUAGAUGGAAUGAUAGCCCAAAAUUGAU